AUGACUAUACAAGCACUGCCUAGUGAAGUGAUAGCUAAAAUUGCGGCUGGGGAGGUAGUUUUGUCCCCGGCAGCUGGUAUUAAAGAGUUGAUUGAGAAUAGUUUAGAUGCGAAAGCGAGUUUUAUUCGGAUUAGUUUAACUGACAAAUUAGUGGAUAAGAUUGAAAUUGAAGAUAAUGGCACGGGUAUUGCACUAGCUGAUGCUCCUUUGCUAUGUCGGCGCCAUGCAACAAGUAAGUUGAGUUCAUACAAGGACUUAGAAAGUGUUGGAACUUUGGGGUUUAGAGGAGAAGCCUUGGCUUCUAUCUCUUCCUUAGCACAAGUUAGUGUCCAAACUUCAGUAGGAGUUGGUUUAGGUCAUUUGUUGGUUUAUGAUAAUACUCGUUUAGUAAGUCAAAAAGAAGUAUCUUGCUUACCAGGCACUAAACUAAUGAUAACUGACCUUUUCUUUAAUGACCCCAUUAAGAGAGACCAGUUUGCCUACAAUAAGCAAGAAAUCAAAAAGAUCUACUCUUUAGUUAUGAGAUAUUCUAUUUGUUAUCAACAAGUUGUUUUUGAAAUUGAACUAGGUCUUAACCGGCAGCGGUAUAAUCAGCCACUUCCUACUACCAAGAUAGCUGCUAUUGCCCAAGUCUUUUCUUACAAGCUAAAGAACGGUCUAAUUCCCUUUGAAACAACUCAGGCUGAAAUUAGAAUCAUUGGGGCAUUUACGCAUGCUAAUUUUGUGCUUAACUCACUAGUAUUUAUCCUCUUUGUUAAUCAACGACUAGUUGAACUACCCAAACUCAAACGAGCACUAGUAAGUCUCUACAAAGAAGUACUAGUUAAAGGUCAUCCUUUUGUCUAUAUUGAAAUAGACGUACCCCCGGCUCAAAUAGAUGUCAACGUUCAUCCUUCUAAAACCGAAGUUCAUCUAAGCCAAGAAGACAGUUUAAUCGAUACAAUUCUGGUUCAAAUCAAAAACACCCUUCAAAACCAAAAGUUGACAGGCCAGUCCAAAUCAACUUCAAUUCAGUCGGAAAAAGAGAAUAUAACCCCCUCCAAAUCUCAAUCCAAACAUCUAAUGUCCUCCCAAUUACUUAACUCUAAUUCUUCCAUUCAAUCUCCUAAUUCCAAUUCCAAAUCCACCCCAUCCCAACUCAAUCCUACCACCACUCAACUCACUCCAAACCCAUCACAACAUGACAGUCGCCCUCUACCAUCAACUCCCUCCAAAAAGAUAAGAACGGACAGCCAAAUUCUCCCCCUCAAUCUCUUCCUCUCCCCCAAAAGACCUAAACUUCCAUCCACACCCCAACCCACCGCUACUCCAUCCACUCCCACACCAACUCACAGCAAUACCAAUCCAAUCCACAGCAAUACUAAUCCAAUUCACAGCAAUACUAAUCCAAUCCAGACCACAACUAUCUUUACUGUUGACUCACACCCCAUGAUCCCAUUAUCCUCACCCGGCCAAUAUCCACCGGCAACCCUUCAGCCUCUACAAACUACUCAACUACCCUCUACUUCCCAAAUUUCCUGCUCUUCCUCCACCUGUACUCCCGCCACCCAUUCUCUCAAAGGCGCUCUUCUAGUCGGUCCUAUCUCGUCCGAAUGGAUGCUCUUCCAAAAAGAAGCUAAUCUCCUUGCAUUCAACAUCUACACCGCCACUCUUUCCUACCUCAUGAUCAAUCUCCCCAACUCCUCCAAUGUUAUUCCUCUCUCCCUACCCAUUCCCGCCACCCUUAUCCCCAUCCUAACCCAACCCGAGAAUACAGAUCUCCUCUUCAAGAAUAAGAUUACUCUUCAAAACCACUUUAUUACUACUUUACCAUUCCCACCCACCAAUCCAUCCAAUACUACCCCUGAUCUAGCCACUCUCUUCUCCCCUACCGACUUUCUCCCUUUCCUCCAAGCCCUCCCUACUCCCCUUCUUACCUCCCAUCUCACCAACCCUUUCUUCCUCAUUUGUUCAGCCCUAACCACCUACCUCAUCCAAACCCAUCCCACCCAUCUCUUCCGCAUUCUACAACAAUCACCACCCACUCCCAUCCCCACCAUCUGCAUCUCUUCCGUCCCCACUCUCUACCAAUUAUUCAACAGAUAA